AUGAGACCUCAAAGAACUUUCCCAGGAAAAAUCAGAGUUCCCUUGAGCCCUAAAGAUUCACCGAUAUCGCAUCAUACGUUUUCGAGACACCACGUUGAUUUGCCGGUUGUCCUGUCUCCUAUUAAAGAAACUAUUUUAGAGCCUAUAAUCGAUCAAGAGGAAUCGGAUAACUUAAAUAAUGACCAGGCAGUAUCUGGCAGUACCUCAUCAACGAUAUCUCCCGUUCCUCCUACUCAAAGCCUUUCUAUUCACAAUCAACUAAGUGCAGCAUUAAAGCAUCACCUGCUUGAAACACCAAAAUUAAACCCAAAAUACACAGAUCCAAAUACCCCAACCGCGCCUAAGCGAAUUAAUCGUGGGAUGUCAAGAAAUGCUCAGCACGGCUUACCACCAUCAAGAACAUCAAGUGCUUCUCCUACAAGAUGCUUGUCUUUUACAACGGACCAUUCAUAUAACUCAAAAGUGUUUCCGACUUUAAAACCAAACUUGCCAACUUAACACAUGAAGCCAGAUGGGAGUCUGGGGACCUUGUUGAAGGGUAGCAGCAUUCGGUGAGUGUGCCUGGUCGAGUUUACUUGGUCUGGUGGAGCUCAAUAUUGGGCAUGCCAACCUCAGGCUCAUAUCUAGAGCAAGGUCUUACCUCAAGCGAGGAUGGAACUUGGAAACUGGGAAGGGAUGAAUCAACAAGGUAAGAUGGGGGCGUUUGCUUGACUAUCUGGCAUUCCCUAGCCAGUUGCUCCCUGGGCUGCAAAUUUCAUCUCAUAUAGCCUGUCACUUUUUGAAUUUUCGGAGCAGGUAACAUCAUUGACGUACUGUACAUUCUAUACCUUGGGCAGCGAGUUCGGCCCUUUUCCGGGGAAGCAAUAUAAGUCUUAGGCUGUUGAGCCAGACUGGCGAGCAAGGAGUGGUGCGAAGCUUGGGACGUUAAAAGCUAUUCUCUAUAAUAGCCUUAUUAAUGAAUGUUUCCGAUUUCCUCACAGCAAGCUUUAGAGUCAUACAGUGCAGUUUUAUCAACCCUUGAAAAAGAAGAAAUUUUAAAAUAUAGCCAAGUCUAUUUCUUAAGUGCUAUAUUUGAUAAAGAAAACAUCAAAUUUGAGGACCGUGAAGGAAUGUUUAUCCCUCUUAUCGGAGAUCAUCUAGCUUAUAGAUAUGAAAUCCUAAGCGAGCUUGGAAAAGGAACUUUUGGGGUAGUGCUCAAGUGCAUAGACCACAAAAAAAAUGAAAAAGUAGCAAUAAAAAUAAUUAAAAACUCAAAGGAGUAUAAAGAGUCAGGAGAAAUUGAAGAUAGUGUUCUAAAUACACUUGAAAAUGAAGACCCAGAUGACUCUAUGUGUAUUGUUAGAAAAAAGAAAAAAUUCUAUUUUAGAGGACACUUAUGCCUAGUUUUUGAGUUACUAAGUUUGAAUUUAUAUGAAUUAUUAACUCCCCACUCCUUGAGUGAACACAAAACCAUUAGAAAAAUCCCUAUUUUUUGCCAAAAAAAAACCCUCCGUGAGUGAACAAAAAUUUUUUUAUGGAAAAAUUUUUUUAUAUAUAAGUGAUAAUUAGUAUAAUGAAAUCUAGAGCUAAUUCUGUUUAAUUUAAAACAAAUUGCUUUUUAAAACAUAAAUUUUAUAAAUUAAAUUAAUAUUUGCCUUCCAAUUUUUGCGAAUUAGGAUUUUUUUUUAAAUUUCGAAAAAAAUAUUUUUUAUAAAAUUUAUAUAUAAAUUUUUUAAAAAAAAAAAUUAACCCCUCGUGAGUGAACAAAAUUUUUUUGUUCACUCACGCAGGGGGGAGUAAGCAAAAAAGAAUCAAAAGGCAUCGAAAUGUCAUUAAUUAAACGCUUUGCAACACAAAUUUUAAUCGGUUUAAAGUAUAUCCACUCCAAAGGAAUAAUCCAUGGCGACUUAAAACCAGAAAAUAUCCUUCUAAGACAAGAAAACAAAUCAAGCAUAAAAAUCAUUGAUUUCGGCUCAAUUUGUAAAAUUGGAGAACGCUUAUACACUUAUUUGCAAAGUAGAUUUUAUAGAGCACCAGAAGUCGUUUUAGGGGCUGGAUAUAACACUCAAAUCGAUAUGUGGUCACUUGGCUGCAUUCUAGCUGAGCUAGCAUUAGGAAGGCCUCUAUUUCCAGCUGAAAACCAGCACGAAUUAAUUUUACGAAUGGUUACAGCUAAAGGAAAACCAUCUGAAAGCUUAUUGUCAAAAUCCAGAAAAAGACUUUCAUAUUUUGAUAACAAUGAUGAGCCAAUUUACACAGAAAAACGUUUUAAUUUCCCAAGUACAAAAUUAUUAUCUGAACAACUCGGAGGACUUGACUCAAAGUUUGUUGAUUUUGUACAAAAAUGCCUUGAAUGGGAUCCAGAUGAAAGGAUAACAGCUGAAUUAGGGCUACAACAUGAAUGAAUAAAAGGUGCAGGGGUUAGAAAACUUUCUAGAGUUCCGUUAUAUAGAAGAACUGUAACGGUGAAAUAA